AUUUUUAUUUUUGUCUCUCAGACCAGACCCAACCCAUCUCCUACAACCAUCUGUCUCGGUGGUGUUCUUUGAUCCUCUCUCUCUUACAAACCUAAAAUCUAGGCAUUCGAUCUCUUGGGGAGGAUCGAGAAGAAAAGAGCGGAUUCACGAUGAAGAUCUUAGCGACUCUUUUCGAAUCAACCAAGGAUAAAUGCUAUGCUCCUAGCUUCAUCGCCGUCAAUCUCUGUUUGGCUUUUAUCGAUGCCGCUCUUGCUUUCAUCGCAUUCCUUCAGUUAUCUCGAUUUCACAGGCGGAAUAAACAAGUUGGAUGGACUCGGCAAAAAGUAUUUCUUCUCAUCCCAACCAAUUUAGGCUCUAUGUUAUUGUUAUAUGGUUACAGUUAUUGUUACUUUUCAUGGCGUGUAUCUGACACAUCCAUCAUGAAAAUUGCAGGUACUUCAUCUUAUGAUUGCUUCUUCAAACACUGGUUCUGUUAUUUAUUUCGUGGCUGCGGUUAUAGCGACUUGCACAAGGUGGCAUCAUUGGUCCAACGCAUUAGGUUUUCUACUCAUGGCCUUUCCCAAAAUUCUGUUUCUGGCAACUUUUCUCCUGCUUCUCUCUUUCUGGGUAGAUGUUUGCCAUCAGGGAAAUGGAGAGGAGGAUGAUGAUGAUGAUGAAGAAAAUAGCAUCCAACAAGUGUUGCUUGAAAAAAGCAAGAGCAAGCCAGGUUCUUCGAAUGCAAGUGAUCGUAGAAAGUGUUGCUCUUUCCAUGGUAUUCAUGUUGGAACCCGGCAGAAGUUUGUUGUUGCGGCAAUUAUUCUUGUGUUCAUCUUAAUGAUAUCAUUUGCAAUCCUUAUCUGGAUCGCUUCCGGAAAGAAUCCUAUGAAUUCUUCAUUAUUGGCUGAGGUGUAUGUCGAUAUUUUUGCUGCAAUAAUCCUAAUCACUGGAGGAGGAAUCUGCUUCUAUGGCCUGCGUCUGCUCUUUAAUCUAAGAAAGGUGCGGUCUGAACAAGUUUCAUCAGAGAUGCGAAAGGUAUCGGGUCUAGCAGGAGUCUCAGUUGUUUGCUUCACUGUUAGCUCUUUAAUCGCUCUUCUCACACACAUUCCACUCUUUUAUCAUUGGAACCCAAGCAAAUUACACGGCAUCAAAGCAUUGGUUCUUCUGAUCAUAUACUAUUUCAUAGGUUCCACCGUCCCAUUGGCUUUCGUUUUAUGGGUUUUGCGGGAGUUACCCCCUCAAAACAUUGUGAGUAGGCAAGAAGACACCAGAAGGAUUACUUAUGUCAACUAUGAAACUGUUCCAAGGCAACCUCAAGGUCCUCAACAAGACUGGGCCUCCGCCACAGUGUCGAAAAAUCAGGUGUCUAAAGCAAGUCCUAUAUGAACCAAACAAUCAUCAUAAUCAUUGACCUGAAGCAAACAUCCGCCAAUCUUCUUUUGUAGUUACCGGGAAAAAGCCUCGUGGGAUUGCAGAAUGGUUCUUAGGCCCAAUGUGGUGUGUUGUGGUGGAGUGAAUGAAAGUGGAAACAAGCUCGUUUUCUUCUCUCUGAGUCGCCUUGGAAUACAAAAAUUUGUUUAUAAGAUAGAAAUGGAGGUUUGAAUCUGAGAAAGCUGUCUGUAAAUAUUAACUUUUGAUUGCAAUUUAUAGUUUAGCAUCAUGUGUUGGGGGGACUUGUGGAUGGAUAUAAAAUGUGUUCCAAGGAAGAUAUAAUUUUGUCUUCCUUUCUAAACAGCGUCGUUUAAGCUGCUUUGUUAUCAUUUACAUAUACGACGACGCAUCAUUCUGGUUUUAAAGAUGG